AACGAAACGACGACUGUAGCAACUUGAAACACGAAAUGGCUUCUCGAAAGAAGAGUAAAUCCCGUUCCUCACGCGCUGGCCUCCAUUUCCCUAUUGGAAGAAUCCACAAGAUCCUGAAAAAGGGAAACUACGCACCAAGAAUCGGCGGAGGAGCACCGAUAUACUUAGCAGCGGCUUUGGAAUAUUUAUCAGCGGAAAUACUGGAAUUAGCGGCGGAAGUUGCAAAAGAAAAUAACAAAUCUCGUGUCGUGCCACGCCACAUACUCUUUGCUAUAAGAAAUGACGAGGAGUUAAAUAAAAUGCUGUGUGGUGUCACGAUAUCUCAAGGUGGAGUGUUGCCAGCGAUUCAUUCACAAUUAUUACCGAAGAAAACCGUCAAAAGUUCUCAGUCACAAUAAAUAUAUUA